AUGUCUUCGUCUCAGCCGCAGAGCGGGACGACUGAGUCACGGACUCAACCCGAAACGCAGCCAUCACAUGUGGAAGCUAUUGGCAUGCCCGAGCAAACUGCCGCGAUGCCUGUGGGAACAACGGAUAACGCCAUCCCUCAACUACCCCCUCCUCCGGCGCGCGUAGAAGACCGUAGUCAACCGCAGAGCGGAGAGCAGCCUUCGUCAGUAACUCAGGACAAUUCUCAAGCCAUCCAAUCACAUACAAGGUCGUCUAACGAGAUGCAGGGAUCUGUCCCAGCAACGCAAGAUCCUGCAGAACCAGAAAGAUCAGCAUCUUCGGGUGUAGGCGACGCACGAACACAUGCUCUGGCGUUUGGAAGUUCCACCAGUGAUACCAAGCCCUUGGGUCCAGCUAACGACUUCGGUUAUCCAUCUACGGAGCUGCAAAGAAAUGGAGAGUCCAGCGGGAAACCGUCGGAACGCCACGCCGUCCAACCUGAUGCGAGUGAUGAACAUAACACGAUACGCACCGCUCAAGAAUCCUUCCAGCUGUCUCGUAUUCAGGGGUCGCCCAGUGUAGACCUUGGCAAGCAUCCACGUUCUUCAUCUCCGGUCCUUCAUUCUGUGAACCUGCCUAGUGUGGUUGUAAAUCCACUAGUCGCAUAUGAUAACGAGGCAUGGAGGCCAUCUGCUUUCCAGCCGCAGGCUGUUCAAAGCGGAAACGGUGAAGACCAGGAUGCGCCUAUAUCAUCGAUGGAUACCAGCUGGAGCAAAGAGAAGGAAAUGCAACGCGCUGUUGAAGUAGAGCCAAGGUUACUAUUUACUGGGGAGUCUGCAAUUGCUGAUGGACUGGCAGCGGCAUCUCAGGCUCACGGAGACAGGCGUUCAGACUCGUCCCAGGUUAUCUCAAACGGGAACACGACGCGAAGUGAACAGCGCUCUCAAUUAAAAGAUGAGCAAGGCGGAUCGUAUGCUUCAUCCACUGUUCCUGACACGAGCAACAUCAAUCCUGGAGGGUCAGCAACACAGCGGGAAUUUGAAUACAUGGUGAAUCUUGCGCGGGAACUACCUGCUACUAUAGCAACAGAAAAUCACAUCAAUCCUACACGUGAAGUGACCGGAGAGGCUGGGAAGACAGAAAGCACGAUUAACCCCGUCCCAAUGUCCUUCCCAGCUAUCCUUCGAAAUGCCAAGCUCUCAGACCGCUUCGCACACCUCCGAGAAAGCUCAACAUCGCAUAUAUUAGGAGACAAACCAAUAUCAACUUCACACAAGAGAUCUCGUGAAGAUAAGGAGGGCAAGAGAUGGGUACGGAGGAGGGAGAAUGCUCGGUUUGCCAACAAUCCGCAUGUGGUGCAGGCUGCGAGUUGGGAUGCACAGGUUGACCCGCCCUCAGCACGUAGGACGUUCCCGGAGCCCCUCCCGAGCUAUCUUCCUCGCAGUAUCUCUGCACCUGCAGCUGCUCGUCCAGUCUUCGACGCAGCUUCCGCAAACAUGGGUCGCUACUCGAUGAGCUUGAAGGGUAUGCGCCGUACAUUACGUGGACAUGGUCCCAGAGCACAAUUACUCGUACAUGAGAUCGAGAAGGAGAUCCUAGAUUGGCUCGUCGGAGGAACGAUAGUUCUUCCAGACGAAACGGAGGAUAUCCUACUUAUCCACGGACGUCCCAUCGGAAACACACUAACUGUCACCGAGUUAUCGCGUACACCCCUCCAACUCGUGUGGAGUAUCGAGCAAGAUGCCUUCGCAAGGUAUAUUGUUCACUGCUGUGCUCGAUACCACAAAGUCGUAAGCUUCAGUUGGGUAUAUGCUUAUGUACACCGAGGCAAAGACAUCGACGGCAGGCGCCUCACCUACUUGCUCCGCCCAAACGUCACCCGCCCAGACUACGCCGCCCGAAACGCACUCGACACACCACCCGCCACCGAAUCCGAUUACUCCCUCGGUGUCCUAUCAGAAUCCGACAUCCUCUCCGUAGAAGAUAACGAGCUGCUUUCCGACGCAAUUUCCGAAACAGAUAUUAACAUAUCUACACGUAACGUACGCCACAGGCGCCUUUCGUCCGUUUCCGAAAGGGACACUGAGGAUGAGGGAGAGAUGGAUGAUACACCCCGUCCAGCACGAAUACGCCAACCAUCGGUUAUGCAGGAAGUAACAGAAGACGCUGAUGACGACAAGUCGAUUGUAAACGAUGAUCUCACACAGAGCAUCGAAUCGCUCGAUCUCAGCCCUACAACAAGAGAACCACCAUCGCACUUCAUCUUCGCCAUCUCAUUCCCGUUCGCCAUGCCCACCGUCAAGAAGAAAGCUGCGGAAUGGAAGAAAUCGAAUGGCGAGAAGGACUAG